UGCUGUCUUUUUAAUGGCUUCAAGAUUCGAUUUUCCAGCUUUUGUUGCUUGAUUGCUGAGAAUAUCGAGGAAUACAAAAGAAACUUUAAUUUUGCUGAUUUUUGCCGUGUUAGACAAUAGCUUGUACUCUAAUGAAUUUCGGAUCAAUUGGGUUUGUUUUCAUUCCAAUUUGUUUAUUUCCUGUUAAUAACGAUUGUUUUGGACAUAACAAAAAACUGCAAUUUCCUGGUUGAGUUGUUAGAAACUAACUGAAAUUAAUAGUAUUCAAAAUUUUAAAUUGUUUUCAAAGCAAAGGAAAUACUGCAGUGUCUUUAUAUCUCUUGUGGUGCAAAAUCGGUUUAAUUAACCAGCUUUAAUUUAAAAUUCGGUUUAUAUUUUCAAUAUGUGACUAGAAGCAUAAUAAAUCCACCCAGUUUUUCAUGGAACUGUAUCUUGCCUUUCAAGAUUUCACUACUCAUAGCUGAUUUGGCAUUUGUGUGAUCCAUAAUUUUCCAACGAGGAAUCGCACUAACUUUUCGUGUCAUGUAUGUGAGUUAGGGCUUGCCCACUAUACCAAUCCAACCAUAGCUAUGAACACAAUACUUUGUUUGCAUACAUACUUAGUCAGUGAUCAAUCUUUAUUUUUCAAUUAAUCAAAGCAGGUAUACGCGGAUGCCAAAGAUGCAACAUAAUACUAACAUGUACUAUCUCAAACUUGUUACUGAACUGGUGCUUUGGAGCAUGUUUUGCAGGUGUUAAUGGAUCUAGAGACUGAGAACAGAAUAGCUGCAAUUCUUAUGAAAGAAGCAGCGGAAUUGCGGCAGCGAGCUGAGAGGGAAGGAGUGCAUGUUUACCUUGAACGGCCUAAAGUAAGAGCACGACCAAAUUCUCGCUUCCUCACUGCAACUGUCCUUGGAGUGCAGCAAACAAAUCGAGCUGUUGAACAGAAUGAGAUGUGGCGGGUCCGGGAAAAGGAGCUUGAGCUGGAUGAUAGGCUGAGAGGAAGAUCAGGGUAUGAUGGUAACAGCAGCAAGAACCAUAUGGAUGUUGGUAAUGUCUUUAGAAGUACAAGCCAAAGGCAUUCUAUAAAUGAGAACGAUACCAAUAUGCCAUCCUCGUCAAGCAAAAUAGUAGGGAGCUCUUGUUCAAGGGAAGACCGAGGUUUAAGGGAUGAAGAAGUCGAGGAAUUUUUGCACUCGAGGGUCAAGCGAGGUCGAGGUGCUGUAGGUUCAAGGAUGGAUGAUACAGGGCCUUACCUUGCUCCUUGCCCAGAUCCUGACGAAAAGCUGUCCAGAAACUUGGAUGCGAAGCUGCAGCGUGUUGUUUUUGGACCAGAGAAGCCUUCUUCGCUGAAAUCUUAUGAAUCAUCUGAGGAAGAGCUUGACAAAGAUGGGCUUAAAAAGGAAAAGAAGGCUUGUUCAAAGAGUCGGGAUAAGAAGCAUUCUAGGAAGCACAGAUCUAAAGAAAGGUCUAGAGAUAAGAAAAGGAAGAGAAAGGAUGAGAAAAGAAGUAAACACUAGUAAAGGCCCUGUUUGUACAUCAUUGUUCCCGUUAAAGAUUAACAACUUUAUUGUGUCGAGUAUGUAUGAUAAUUCUUGUUCGCGCACAGUGUUUGGUAAUUAUAUCAUAGAUUGUUUUAUCUUUUGGAAAUA